AAAAUCCAAAUAGAACGCAUCCAACCGAACUUGUCAUAUUGCAAAACCAACAACAACGUAGUACAAAAACAAUAUUGAAAGCAACAGAAAGGGUGGCGGUGGGCUGGUUUUGAACAUACGGGCAGUAAGCAAGCGUUCAACACUCACCGAUAAAAUAAAACCUAGUUCGAGUUUAUUCGUUUCAAGCGCAGCACUGAUUGGGGUUGAGAGUGGCUGUGACGAUAAAAGCUAAGCCAAAAAUAGGAAUAACUUGACGUGCAGACACAGAGCAUUGCGUGAGCCGAACAAAUUGGAACAGAGGAGCAGCUACUCGGGAUUCACGGCGGCCACAGCAGUUGUGUUGUUGUGCUCACAGUGUGCAGUUGUUCAAUGUGUGCAAUUUAAUACUAGCGCCGGGCUGUUAAAGAAACAUUUUGAAAAUAGCGAAUGUAUUUCGGUUUAUGUGCAUGCAUUAAGCUUCCAACGCUGGUAAAGCGUUUCAUCAUCACCAGACCAAAUAAAUAGAGCUACAACAUCAAGCUCCAAAGUAAGCGCAAGGACAAACAUAGAUCAAGGCUUUUACAAGCAUUGGAUGUGACAAAUCACAUUAGCAGCAGUGACCCUUCUAAAGGAAGAGGACAUAUUGUGCACAAUACAAAAACUCUUAAACUGCUUCAAAACGUCUCACAAAAAGCGCAUGAAGAUGGAGAAGACUCCCCGCUACACGCAACGGGAGCGCAAUAUGGUGCUGGGCUUCGCCGCUCAAUAUAAGGACGUCAUCGAGAAUAAGCGCACCGACGCCGAGUCGAAUCGCAAAAAGGACGAAGUGUGGCGCCAAAUCGCAAAAGAGUUCAAUGCGCGCGUCUAUCAUCAGCGCUCCUCCAAGCAAUUGCGUCAGCUCUACAAAAACAUGAAACUGCUGCUGAAGAAGGAUCUCUGCGGCGAGAACAAGGGCAAUCGCACAUUCAUGGAUCUGCUGAAUACGCUGUCGCAGCAGGAGUCCGUUGCACAAUACAUAUCCGAACAGAUGUCGCCGAACGGCGGCAGCGGCAUUGGCAAUAGCGGCUACGGCAGCAAUCGACAGCACAAAUACGACGAUGACUAUGAUGACUCAAAGAACCCCUUCCCACAACUUGCCUCACUCGGCUACGAUGGCAUGGACCCCGACGUAAUCGUCAUCAAAUCCGAGGACAUCAGCGACAAUGAUCAGUCUCAGGCGCCUGAGGAUAUGGACGACGAUGAUGGUGACUGCCUGAGUUCCAAGGAUAUACCCGAGGUGUGUUUGGAGGAGGAAGACGAUGAGAUCUUCGCCACCGAUUUGCGUCAAUCCACACCUAUACAGUCGGCGCAUGCGUCACAACGCGCCUCUUUCAAUUCAAAUGGCGCGCAUCAUCAGCAGAAUUCGUCGCAACAACAACCUGAAGUGACAAUACAAAAUGUCGGCGGCAUACGCGUCGGCAGCAUUGGCAGCUUGGCGAACCUCAAGGCGUUGCAGAAUGGCGGCAAUAAUUCGGCGCUGAAUAUACCAAACAACAGCAGCAACGGCAGUAAUGGCAAUGCGAAUGGUUUGUCCAGCAACGGCCAUGGCACACAUAACGGUGGUGGUCGCCAUACGCCCAGCACGCGCCAGCAGGUGAGCGCCGAGCAACAAGCGGCACAACAAUUGCUCCUUAACGGCCUCGGCUUGAGUGCGGUGCAUCCACCAGAGCCGCCGUUGCCGCAGCUGCAGCGCGCCACGCAUACCAGCAAUAGCAAUAGCAACAACAAUCUUAUCAAUAGUACAAAUCAGCUGUUGCUGAGCUUGAACGCCAACGCUGGCUACACCGGACUGCACAAGAGCAGUCACGGUCAUGGACACGGUCACAGCCAUCACCACCACAAUGGACAUGGUCAUGGCGGCAGCGGUGGCGGUGGUGGCGGCGGUCUGCACAAUCACAGCAACAGCAGCAGUGGCAGCAGCAGCGGCAUCGGUGGCGCACACAACGCCAACAGCCGCAACCAGGACUACCUCAUGUCGCUGGCGAUAAAGGAGCGCGAAAGGAAGAUUGACCUGUUGAAUGCGCAGAUCGAUUAUUGGAAGACGCUAACCAAGAAGUUGGACGUGAACGCUGCGCAUAAUCCGACGCCCGCGUGCAUGUGCCAUUUUCCCGGCAAAGUGAAUGGUCUGCAAACGCCGACAAGUAGCAGCUAGUCCGACACGGACAGGGUGGAGGAGGAGGAAUUAGCGGAUGGCGUGUGCGGUAUGAUUGAAACUGAUGCGGUCGCUUUGGCGCAUGGCGCGCACGCUUUGCGUAAAGAUGACAUAGUGCCUGAUAAAGUGGUUGGCGAUGCGCCGGAAGCGCGCGUUGC